CUUUGUUUCGAGUGUAGUGUUUGGAAAAGUAUUUCUCCAGUUUUUAAUUUGGUUUUAACGUAAUGAACUUUUCCUUUGGCACGCCCACCACCACCACCGCUUCGGCGGGUGGAUUUUCGCUGGGUGCUCCAACAACAACUAGCACUGCGGCAACCGGGUUUUCUUUCGGAUCAACGCCGACCUUCGGCGCAACGGGCAAUACCGCACCAUCGGCCGCCGCUCCAUCGGGGAGCAUUCCGACGCUAUCAUUCGGCGCAUCGCUUGGAGCUACAACACAGCAACCCAACACUGCGAGCACGCUGCCAACGUUCGGUUCACUAGGGGCAGCUGCUUUAGGAGGAACAGUGGCCACGAGCAAUCCGGUAGCGCCGGUAGCAUCCAACACCGCAUCAAUCGCUGCAACUACGCCCGCAAAUGUAAAUCCACUGGCUAGUUCGGUCCCAACACCGGCCAUUACAACGUCUGUUGCGGCUCCGGCGCCGGCACCGCUAACUCUUGGUGGAUUCGGUUUGCCAAAGCCUGCCGAACAAUCGGCACCAGCAGCUGCCGCUACAACUACCGGCCAACCUGCGACACUCUCGCUAGGCACGGCGAAUACCACUGCGCCACCGGCCACCGGAACAACUGGACCAGCCGUCGCCGCCAGCCUCACGACAACCACCCAGACGACACAGUCGGCAGCGGUGCCAACCGGGCAACAGUUGAAGUUUUUCCAACUGGAAGAGUUCAUCAAUAAGUGGACACUCGAGCUGGAGGAACAGGAAAAGCUAUUCACCAAUCAGGCGACGCAGGUAAACGCCUGGGAUAAUAUGCUUCUGUCCAACUCAGAAAAGAUCGUUACACUAAACGAAGCGGUCACGAAGGUGAAGGCGGAACAGAACGCGAUGGAACAGGAGUUAGAGUUCAUUACAGCGCAGCACACCGAGCUUGAGGAGUGCAUUGUGCCGCUCGAGCAGGAGCUUUCCCGCAUUACGCAGAUCGAUCUCGAGCGUGGCCAAACGUACUCGAUGGCCGAAACACUUGAUUCGCAGCUGAAGCAGAUGUACGAAGAUCUGAAGGAGGUGAUCGAGCAUCUCAACGACGCGUACAAGUACACUGAUCCGAACGAUCCGCUCGUGCAGAUCGGAAAGAUACUGAAUGCGCACAUGAAUUCGCUGCAGUGGAUCGAAUCGUCGUCGACGGCCAUCACGAACCGAUUGGAGGAAAUCAACAAGAUGCACGAAACGUUGCGAAAAGACAACGAGCGUUCGUUUCGCUUGACGUACUACGAUCAGUAAACUGCGCAACGAUAACGAACGUCAUUUCACAAUCCGCUAAACGAUCGCUACAACGCUGUGUGAACUGCUAAAAUAUUGUUAUGUGGAUGAAUAAAUUUG